GUCAAGGCCACCGAUGCUGAGGAGGCGCGUGCUGUCAGCACUGCGGCGCUUAACGUGGCUCAGACAAAUUAUUCUGAGGCCCAAGGCAUUGUGGACACGCUUGUUUCUGAAGCAGAAUGGAUGCGCACUCGGGGAAUAGUGCUGGUUGCCAACUCCAUCCUGAACGCCGGCGAGCUAGAUCGCGCUGUUGCUGCUCUUACGGAUGCGGCGCGUGCAGUUGGUCAUCGAGGAGGUUACCUGGAGUGUGCUGAUCACGUUGAGCGAAUGCUGGGACAAGAAUUCGAUACAAGUCAUUGCUCAGUGACGGAACAAGCUGAUGCUGCGCUGGCCAGUGCUGAGAACUCAUAUGACAACCUCUCCUUGCCCAUCAUGGACUUGGUUGUUAGUGCCUUAAAAAAGGAUGAUUGGUGUCAGCGCCUCAAGGCGAUCCUUGAUCCACCGAUUACUGUUGAAUCAUCUGAUGAGGAAGCAGCUGGUGAUGAUGGCGGAGGUGAUGACGAUGGCGACGAUGGUGAAGGGAACGAAGAUGAUGAUGGUGAGAAGAAAGAAGACAAAUAGAGUAGGUUGUUAGUUUGUUGAUAGGCGUUUGUGCCUUUGUUUCUGACUUGAUUGUAAGUGAUGCGCUUUUGCGCAGUUUUAAUGACAAUGAAAUGUCUUCGUUUUUUCUGUUGCAAUUAUUGCAUUGCUGUAAAAACUUAGGUUAAAUUAGCUCGAAUAAAUGGAAGCG